ACUACAUCGUGGGCUCAAAUCUAUCUCGGCCCAUCAAACACAGAGUGCCAUCGCUCACACGGCCGGCGGCGGCGGCGAUGGCGAGGGGCGUCUCCUACGUUUCCGCGGCGCAGCUCGUCCCCAUGCUCCGGGACCCCCGGAUCGCCGUCGUCGAUGUCAGGGACGAAGAGAGGAUCUACGACGCGCACAUCGCCGGCUCGCAUCAUUACGCCAGCGACAGCUUCGGGGAGCGGCUGCCGGAGCUGGCCCAGGCCACCAAGGGCAAGGAAACCCUCGUCUUCCACUGUGCCCUCAGCAAGGUGCGUGGCCCAUCUUGUGCGCAAAUGUAUCUGGACUAUUUGUCAGAGGCUGAUGAAGAUUCAGAUGUAAAGAACAUCAUGGUCCUUGAACGUGGAUUUAAUGGAUGGGAACUUUCAGGGAGGCCUGUUUGCCGCUGCAAGGACGCUCCUUGCAAGGGUGUGUGCUCUUGAGUAUCCAUAUGAAACUAUGCAUUUACCUGUGCAUUUCAAAUUUGGUUGCUACCUGCAGACUUCAGGGUAGCCAUUUAUGCUUUAUGGUCACUACAGCACAUUAAAAACCGUGUAUCUCACUUUGGUGGAUCCGCAAUUGUGCUAUUAUGUGGCUCUAUCAAUUCAGUGGCCGUUAAUGUCACUUCACGACAUGUAAACUGAAAACCACAUUGGUAAUUAUUGAAAAUCUUCUGCUUCCGUUCCAAAUAAUCAUUCUAUGGUCAA